UAUUUCAACACUUUGAAACGUUUUAAAAACAGCGUUUUAAUUUUCGGAGUCGACCAGACAAAUUCGUAAGAAGCGGAUAAAUAUUUGCGUAAUUAUCUUAAAUAACUUGUGGGAUGGACACCAGCAGUAAAUCGGAAUCUGCACCUAAGCAAGCGAUGGUUUACAUCUGCGGAGAAUGUCACCAUGACAACGAAAUCCGUCCUAGAGAUCCGAUACGGUGUCGAGAAUGUGGGUACAGGAUAAUGUACAAGAAACGCACCAAGCGACUCGUUGUCUUCGAUGCCCGAUAGAUGUGUCGUGACCGACCACAUCACUACAUGACAAAACCCUGCAGAAAUCCUUAACAAUACUUAUAUUCGGCAAAGAUGAUCAUUGUGAUUCAAUUUAUUACAUAUAAUUGCACUGCGAUGAAUUGAUUUCCGGAAAUUUGCUCAUCUUUUUCUUCGAUGUUAAAUACCAGAUAAGCGCAUCCGAAAAGCAUAUGUUAGAUAUUUAGUGCAUUAAGUUUCCUUACUUCUAAGCAACACAAUUGUACAAGUUUUUAUCCCGGUAGUAAAUAAAUUGAAAGCUCAUUUGUCUUUUUUUCUUUUUAUUUCUUAUAAUUUCAUUAUUUUCAUUUUUUAGGCAAUAUACUUUCUUCAUUUACAAUAAAUAAAUUACACUUUUUUUCAUCUUUUUUUUUUUUUUUUUUUUUUUUUUUGCAUCAAUAUAGUAUAUAAGAGUUCGUUAACAGAUUUUUUAUUUAAUAAACGCUGAAUUACGGAAGAGAUUAGGUACAGGGAAGAAGGUAAAGGUGGAAGAGCAGCGGAGCUUGUGAACAAUCGGGAGCCUAUGCAAAUACAUGUAUAAUUUUAAUAA